AUGGCCGCUUCUCUUGUGACCGUGACCACACAGGAACUCGGUCCUGCGCCUGUGACUGAGCAGGCCUAUUCAGGAGUACUGCUGCUCACCCCAACUGGGGAAGGCCCUAUAAAAGGUGGGCUAAACAUCAGUGAUCACACCAUUCCAGUCAUUGGGCAGCUGCACCCAAUGACCCACCGUAUAUGCAGCCGUGAAAGAAGGAAACAUAAUAAAACGUACCUCAAAGUAGGUACGUGGAAUGUGCGCACCCUUAUGGAUGCUAGAGACACAGACCGCCCUGAGAGGCGAACAGCCUUAGUCUCAAGAGAACUCACCAGAUUCAACAUUGAUGUGGCUGCUCUUAGCGAGACUAAAUUACUUGGUGAAGGGCAAAUCACAGAAGUUGGGUCAGUAUAUACUUUCUUUUGGAAAGGGAAAAACCCGAAGACCACCGCUCCCAGGUUCAUCACACUAAUAUCAGUGUACGCCCCAACACUAGAUGCGGAAGACCAUGUCAAAGGUGCCUUCUACCAACAACUUGACACUGUCAUAUCCCAAAUUCCAGCUGGGGACCGUCUCCUUCUCUUAGGGGAUUUUAACGCCAGAGUGGGGCGAGAAGAUGAACUCUGGUGCAACAUAAUCGGCAAGCAAGGCAUGGGAAACUGCAAUGAUAAUGGCCUCCUCCUCCUUGGCCUCUGUGCUGAACAGGAACUGUUCAUCACAAACACGCAGUUCAGACUCCCGAACCAAUUUAAGACCACCUGGAAACAUCCUAGAUCAAAACACUGGCAUAUCUUAGAUUAUGCCAUUGUCAGACAACAACACAAAAAUGAGGUUUUAAUCACAAGAAGCAUGCCCGGAGCCAAUGACUGCUGGACAGAUCACCAGCUACUCAUCACAAAACUAAAACUAACCAUCAAAAGGAAGCCACGUAUCAUCCAACAAAAUGAAGCAAGAAGAAGAUAUGACACUGGCAAAUUAAAAGAUCCUGUUACAUCACGAGCUUUCCAAGCAGCAAUCCAGCAGAACCUACCAGCCAGACAACUUUCAGUCGACACUGAAUGGACUAACAUACGAGAUGCCAUCAAUGAAACUGCAAGAACUGUAAUCGGCUAUCAGAGCAAACAGCACCAGGAUUGGUUUGACGACAACGACAAAGAUAUUAAGGCCCUCAUUAAUACCAAACAGAAAGCCCGAAUAGCCCAUGACCAAGACCCUAAUUCCCAACCAAAGAUGGCUAAACAUGCACAAGCAAAGUCACAGUGUCAAGCCAGGCUUCGGGAAAUACAAAAUUGUGGACACACUGCUGCAGGGACACUUUUGGCAGCAGACAACACCAUCCUCAUGGAAGACUAUGAGAUCCAGAACCGUUGGGUAGAACACUUCAAAACCCUCCUGAACAGGAACUCAUCAGCCCAACAAGACUUCCUCUGA